AUUUUUGAUGGCAAACGGGCGCUGGUUGUUAUCAGAUUUCCCUUGAGUCCUGAGAUUUCGUGUUUUUUUAAAGCAAUGUAGCUGUCAACGAUAUCUUUUGUUUUCCAUUACUAAUAGCAUCGCCGUAGGAAACGUUUACAAACCAAAUUCAAUGUUUAAUCCAAUACAAUUCCCUGUUUUGCCCUUUUCACGAAACUACCACCAAGUUUAAUCGUUCCUUGAAAUCUGAUGCGCAUUCACUCAUUCUCGUGGACCGCGGGAUUAUAUCCUAAUAGGCUUUCUCUAAACGUAGACAAUUUUUGAUGCGAUCCCCAUUAUUGGCGUAUUAUUUCUGCUUCAUUUGUUGAAAUGAAACAUGUUACCGUUUAGAAACUUUCUGUUUUCCUGCAAAAUAUUAGCCUUUUCAGGGAAGAUCGGAUACCAACGAUGUAUUACACGAUAAAAGAGUCCAAUCAUAUACCAGAAUCUGUUGCGCAUUCACGCGUGCGCAAGUCGGGGGACGCUUGACGUUCAAAAUCACACAAUACACCUGUCGAACGAAGAUAUGUCUAGUCUGACUCUUCCAGUCUAAACGUUAUCAUGGGUAGGCCGACAAACCCGUUAAACGCUACUUUAAAUGUAUUUGAAUUCUCCAUCAUGAUGCAAACGAUCAGCGCCACCCAGGAAUUCUACAGGACUUGUAUAGUCGCUGUUGGCAUGUUUUUGAAUUGCAUCGUCAUCUUAGUGGUGACGAGUUCGCAACAAUUGCGCUAUCCACGUCACGUUUUCUGGGCUGCCAUUUCAUUCUUCGAGUGCCUCUUUUUGGUCCAGUGCGCUCUCGAAUUAGCCGUCAUCGUCAAUCACGAUCAUCUAGCCUGUCAAGUGUUUGUUCUCUUGUGCACCGUCGACUACUCCGUGCUGUUGCUCUGCAUUUUACUGGCCGCUUUCGAUCGCUACUUGUCCAUCGUCCGCUACGAAUGGUACAAGAAAAAUGUCACCGUUCGCAAUGUUAUCGUGUUAAUUACGAUGACAUCGGCGUUGACGUUGCUGAUUGUAACCAUUCCAUUUUGGACGGGUUAUCAAUCCAUUUAUACUUGCACGGAAAAUUUGAUUCACUUGCAUUGCGUUCUUGCCUGGGACUUGUUUUUGGGCAUUGUCUGUGUCGUUCUCCAUUUCAAGAUUUUCGUUGAAACUAAGACGGUUAUCCGGCAAUAUUUGCCCUGCUAUCGGCACACACCCAUCACGGUCAGGUUCGUGAAUUCACCUGUCCGACCAUCUAUCGCCAGUUCUGGGCCGAGGAGGGAAACAUCACCAAUAGGCGAACGAGUUUUAUUCGCCUUUCCCGAAAUCCCUUCUUCCGUUAAUUGCCCUGAUGGAAACGCGUCUCAUUUGCAUUCGGCAUUGUCCAUCGAUCAUUUGGGCGCUGGAUGUUUUCCCUGGACGCACAGCAAUUCGAAAAUCAGUCGACUUGAAGUUCAAGCUGCUCUCAACAUGUCCGUCAAUGUCCUCCCGUUCUGGUUGUGUACGUUUCCCGUUUCUAGUUACGCCAUCGGUCUCUAUUGGUGCAUCCGCCUGGAGGGAGAUUGCAGCCCCAUUUUGCUGACUUGGCCUUACAUGUGGAAUUUUUUCUUGCUGCACAGCAUCUACAAUCCGGUCAUGUACAUGUUAAGCAGUUCCGAAUUUCAAAGAGCGAUUCUCCAUAUCAUAAGGAAAUUGAUUAACAAAUGUCAAUUACAACCUCCAGCAAAUUGAAUUCUCAUUUCUUCUGAAUUUUCUUCAAUUUUCUGGGUAUAUUUUAAAUGGUGGCAACGCAGUGCAAACUAUUUUGUGAAUAGAAUUGAAUGCGAUGGGCAACUAACAACAAAUGGCAUAUCACGUGACAUUUGUUUGUUCGCUAAAUUUGAAUCUCACAACUUUGAAUUAAAUCUUGUGUUUGAUGA